CACCAUUACUGCAUAUCUAGGAUCUGAUGCCUCAUGCACUAUCCUAGUUAAGUAGCCAUGGUCGCCGAUCUUCUCCACAAUCCCCAUCCGUGCCCCACCCACAUCAUCGCUUUUCCUUCAACCCCUCAGGAACAACAACAAUUAACCUGCUGCCACUACCACUACAAUUACCAUCAUCACGACCACCACCAUCAGGUCAACACAAGCAGAAUGGGCUCCCUAACAACCCAUCUCCUUACCCUUACUCCCGCCACCCUCCACACCUCAACCACCCACCCCUUCCUCCACGCCGCCGGCACCUCCACUCUCUCCAAAGCCACCCUCUCAGCCUGGCUGUCUCAGGACCGUCUCUACGCACAAUCCUACAUCCGCUUCAUCGGCCUGUUACUCUCAAAAGUCCGUCUCCCAUAUACCGUAUCCACCACCAACUCCUCAAACCCUUCCUCCGAGCCUGUUGAAUCCCGGAUCAUCGCUCUUCUCACUUCCGCCCUUCUGAACAUCCGCCGCGAACUCACCUUCUUUGAAACCGUCGCCACCGAAUAUGACCUCGACCUGACUGUCCCACCACCCGGCGAAACAGCCUUCGGUCCGAGUGAAGCGACACAUGCCUACACGGAUUUGUUCCUCUCCGCGGGGUCGAGUGGAGUGACCCUGUUGGAGGGAUUGGUGGUGUUGUGGGCUACGGAAGUGUGCUAUUUUCGGGCCUGGGGGUUUGCGCGGGAGAUUAUGGAGAAGAGUAAUACUGGGAAUGAUGGGAACGGUGGAGAUGCAGAUGGGGGUGCGUUGAGAGAGAGGUUUAUUCCUAAUUGGACGAGUGAGGAAUUCGGGGUUUUUGUUGACGAGAUUGGCGGGCUGGUGGAUGAGAUUGCGAGGGGGAGUGGAGAAGGUGAGAGGGAGAAAGAGAUGCUGGGACGAUGUGAACGGUGGUGGAGGCAGGUUGUUUGGUUAGAGGGGAUGUUUUGGCCAGAGGUUUGAGGUAACAAUAGGUAUAUUACUCUCUGAAUUGAUAAGUAAGAGGACUGAUCUCUACAAAUAGUACGAAGUAACAGUGGCCUCUAUUCUUUACUUGUUUCAGUUGAUAUCCACUUGAAUAUAUUGGAAAGCAAGGGGGGGACGUCUACAAUCAACAGCUAGUGUUCACAGAUCAAUUAACCGUGUAACCGCAG